UUGAACUUGUCAAAAAUGGGGAGUGCCAGGUUUUUGGCAGCUUAGAAUUAUCAUUGUACAUUUUGUAAACGUUUUUAUUGCUAAUAAUGGAUCCCGCCGUCUUCCCUGAGGAAAUUUGGAUUGAAAUAUUGCUAUACUGUGAUGUACCUGAUAUUAUUGCUUUUGGAAGUACCUGUAAAUACCUGCGAAAGACCUCGGAUAAUGAUUACUUGUGGAAAAUGAAAUGGUUGCAUCUGCUCUCCAAAGUACAAUUCAGAUUUCCGGAUAUAAAAUGUUUGCAAUUACUUGGCGUGAGUUUUAAGGCGACAUGCUACAGACUUCAUAUGGUUCUCACAUUGGGAGAGGCUUUUCCUUUUCCGAAAUGUUGUCAUUGUAGUGGCUACACAUGUCAGCGUAAUUGCGUCGAAAGUUCUAGUGCUAAAGUAGUCUUAGAAAUUGGUAAUAAAUUCACUUGGGUAAUAACUCCACAAAUUGGUUUAAAGAGGCACCUGUCAAUGUUUGGCAUUCCAAAAUAUAAUGAUGAAAUGCACGCUGAACAAACACAAUUGAGAAAUAAUAAUCCAAGUUGUAGCAGUCGACCGAAGGAUGGGAAAUCGUUGGCGAAAACGCUCAAAUUAUUAAAGCUUACCGAAUUAACGCCAACGGUGAAAAUACCAAGACCCAGUGGACCUUUUUGUGUAUUUUGCAAUUCAUUGAAGUUGUAUCGUGAAAAGAAGAGAUUGGCAACUCACCCGAAUGAUGCCUUUUACACGCAUUCCAAUCCAGUUGAUCAGAGAUUGGUCAAUGGUUAUUGUUCAGACGCUGUUGAUGUCUUGGGAAUUCCUAAUGUUGAUGUCGUUUGUCCAGCUGAGGCAUUACUUUGCGAUGGAUCAUUCUCUGUUUUAAAGGUAUAUAUUGAUCAUUUGUUUCAUCAGAUGAGAUUGACCACUACCUUGAGGAAACCAAAUGCCGUUUUGAUGUUCUGUGAGCCAUUGGCUAUUCAUCCCUCGCUCAGAAAACAGUUGCUGCACUAUUUGUUUCAAGAGGUCAAAGUUGCCAGGGUUUGCUUGGUGCCGAAACCAUUGGCAGCGUGUGCAAUGUUGGAUAUUGAGACUUGUGUUGUUGUGGACAGCGGUGCAUUGAGUACAACGGUGGCAGUUGUCAUUGGCGGACGAGUGAUUCCACAUCGAUGGAAAUUGCUUCCCAUCGGAGGUUGGCAUGUUGCUUGCAAUUUAAAGAAUGCACUCUACUGGCAAGCUAAGGAAUAUCAUCAGAUUCCGAUUUCCUUCCUUGAUUAUAUGGCUGUUAAAGAGAAAUGCAAAUUAAACUAUCGAAAUGAAGCGGAGGAGAGGAAGUUUAAGGAGAGCGAUAAGAAAGUGAAAGACAGUGAUAGGAAAAUGAAAAAGGAAAAUAUCAGAUUUAAGGUCGACACAUUCGCUGAUUAUAAACAGUUUUGGAGAGUUUCGUUGGGCGAGGAAUUAUUCGUUGCCCCGGAGAUGAUGUACGUGAGUUUAGGUUUGCCCCAAGUAAUAAAGGAAGUAACGUCCGGACUUUCGGAGGAAGUUUUACAAGAUUGUCUCUCUCACAUUCUGUUGACUGGCGGAAAUACCGAUUUGUCAGGCUUCAAUCUUCGACUGUCGAAAGAUUUACGAGAAUUGCUUCCGGAAUACAGUCACAUUCUUGAAGUUAGAAGCUGCCCCGGUACGCACAGUUGGAACGCUGCCAUGGGCUCUACUUACGUUUCCCUAGAAGUUCAUCCUGAUAAAACACCACCAGAGUACGUCGAAGGCUAUCCAUUCUGGCUUUCACGAGAAGAAUACGUGCUAUUUGGAUGUGAAUCCCUAGAACAGCAUAGAAGAGGUAAAGUUGCUAAUUUCGACUAAGUAUAUAAUUCAGAAAAAAAAGAAUUGAGCAAAAAUCAUACUCAAAAAGUCCCCCUUAUAUAAUAUCGCAUAAUAUCAAGAAAGUAAAUGUUACCAUUAUGUAAUAUAUUUUAUCCCAUGUUGUCUAUGAACUUAAAAAAUUUUUUUGAAUUUGAAGGCAGUAAUAUUUCAUUCUAGAAACGUUUAAAAUUCUAAUUUAAACGUUUCCCAAAAAGAAAAAAAAAUGCGUUGAUAUUUAAAUAUCAACGAACAUUUCUAUCAUACUCAAAUAUAUUGAAUCUGUACAAAAUGAUUAGUCAUUCAAAAUUGCAUUUAUAUUAAAAAAUCUUCUAUAUAUAUUAGUGGCUAAUUGUUUAAUGCACUAGCCGUUUUACAUUUAAAAAAAAGAACUCAAUUCAACUUUUUCUAAAAAUGCAUCAUUAGUGUGUAAUUUUUUCUUUUCAAUUUUAUAUGAUGAUGAACGUAGUUUGAUAUAAAUAUUUUAUUUUCCUAUUAUUUAUAAAUAUAUAUUUAUAUAUAUAUGUAAUAAAAAAAAAUUGGCUGGAGCUGCGCUUCAAGUUUGAAAAACUCUUUGAGAAAGAUAAUCUUUCUAGUGAUUCUUAUUUGUUCAUAAUAUUUAUUAUCUCCUUGCUGUAAGCAAGAUUAAAUUUAGAAAAAAACAAUACUUAACGUGAAAAUGAACGUAAACAAGUUUUUGGCAAAUGACUUAAUUCAAACGCAACUUUUUGAUUUUAAAGUGUAAUAAUUUUACAUUUUUAAUUAUUAUCUUUUAAAAAUAAAUAAUUAAUUAUUAAUUAAUAAUUUAAUAAUUAAUUAUUUGAUUGAUUAUUCAAUUAAUUAUUUGAUAACUUAUUCAAUUAAUGAUUUGAAGAAAAUAUUACGUUCUUUUAAUUGACGUAUUACAUUUUUACGUUGAGAAAAAUGUGUUCAUAAAAAAAAUAUUUGUUAAAUAAUUGAAAGAUUUUAUUUUUAAAAAAAUUUUAUUUUAUUAAACUACUUGGAAAGUGGUUUUCUUUUUUGAUGUAUUUUAUUUUUUUACCGAGUUUUAAAAAAAUAUGUAUUGUCGCUGUUGUUUUUCUUUAUAUUAUUAAUUUAAUGUCAAAAAAAAAGAAACUGCCUGUUAUGUACAGUUUGAAACUGUUAUUAUUAUUAUUAUAAAAUUCGAAAUGAAGGCAAAAAAAAAUGUUAAUAAUUAAAAGUUUUCAGAAGAGAUUUUUGUGUAGAAUUUGAAAAUUUACGAAUUAGAUUCGAAUUGGUGAUUCACGUGAUAAAAAAGGAACGUCGAAUUUUAUUAAAUGUGUAUUAUAAAAAAUUGUUUGUAAAUAUACAAAAAGAGAAGUAGGAGAAAAAAAAUGGAAAACGUUUGAAUUGAAAUGGAUUAAGUAUUAUACGAUAAAGAUCGUUGUAUUUCUAAAUAAUCAAGUUGUUUGCUAUUUCGUAUAUUUAUAUUGGAAUGAAAUUUGCCAAAACAUUUUUUUUUUUUGUGAAUUGUAUGUGGAAAAAAAGAAAAGAUGGAUAGAGAAAUUUCUAGUCACGGAAAUAAUGAUUAGCUAUUUGUAAUAAUAUAUUAUUAUUAUUAUAUUAUUAUUAUUAUUAAUAUUAUUAGAUAGUUGUAGAAAUUGUGAAUCUCUACUUUUUAAUUUUACAAAAUCAUCAAUAAAUGUUACUGUACAAUGUGAUUAUCGAAGAUCCCGCCAAGCUGCGAGCUAAUUAAUGUUCGUUUGCUAAUUCUAGAGUGAGAGCUCCCUAGGAAAUUUAUAAUGUCAUGCAAGUAUUUCAAUCGUAUCUUACGACGAUAAUAAUUUGUAAUGUAAUCUAGAUAAGGUGUGUAAUGUAUCAAUGCUUGGACGAUUAAAUUAAGACCUUGAUCAUGA